UCUAGCGCAGUGCUGCCUCUGCUCUGCUCUUCUCUCCUCUCAUCUCCUCUCCUCUCCUCUGAUGCACUCACAGCACAGACAGCAGACCAACCCUGCCUGCAGUUUCUUUCUCUGCUCUGUUUUCCUUCACUCCUUCCCUCCAUUCAUCCUCCUCUCCUCCUGACCUGGCGUCUGAUCUGAAUUCUGCAGUCGGAGGCCGAGGCUGUUUCCUGUCAGAGCAGAGAGUGCCGUCUGUGAGCCCGGACAGCCAGCCAGGAUAUCUCUCUCUCUCCGACCAGACAGGGAAGAAACCAGCAGGACCAACACAAGAAGUUGUUCCUGGGAAGCACAGGACUGGAGGGAGUAUUAAUACUAGUCCUAGGGCUAUAGAAGAGGGGGGUGAUCGUGAGGAUUAUCGAGAGACACGCUCCAGAAGCAUCACUGAACCCCCCACCACCCCACCCUGGUCGUACCCCACCGACGACGUCACCUCCUCCUCCUCCUCAUUGUUAUUAGAGCAAACAGGCCAGCGUGGAGCCUGGCGAAGACUGGGGAAUCAGCAUGUCGUCUCAGACUACUAGGAGGAACCUAUACACCCGGACCACCAGUAGUGGCAGCAGCAGGAUGAGUUCAGACGGGGGUGGCCGGCUGGCCAAGGUGGGUUCCCGGGUGGAGGUGAUUGGGAAGGGGCACCGCGGCACAGUGGCAUAUAUCGGUGCUACACUCUUCUCCACGGGGAAGUGGGUGGGAGUGAUCCUGGACGAGCCCAAGGGGAAGAACGAUGGCACGGUCCAGGGGAAGAGAUACUUCACCUGCCAUGAGAACCACGGCAUCUUCGUACGACAGUCACAGAUCCAGCUGGUUGAUGAUGGAGCAGACACCACCUCUCCUGACACCCCAGAGCCGGCCUCCAACAAGGUCCCCAAACACGAGAUCCUGGAGACACCCAAGUCCACUAAACUGCAGCGAGGACCCAAGCCCAAAAAGGUGGUGCAUGCUUCUCGAACCUCCUCGACUCCGCCCCCCAGGAAGACUACGGCCAGAAGGCCCAAGCCCAGCCGUCCUGCGGGCACUGGGGCCUCCAAGGCGGGGCCUUCUGGGUCUGUGUCUGCCUCGGCUGGAGAGAUGAGCAGCAGCGAACCCUCGACCCCGGCACAGACCCCCCUGGGGGCCCCCAUCAUCCCCACACCCGGGGGGCUCCUCUCCCCUACAGCCCCAGCACCUCCACUCCCCAGCAAGGAGGAGGAGUCUCUGCGUGUCCAGGUGAAGGAUCAGGAGGAGAAGUUAGAGACUCUGAGGAUGAAGAGGACAGAGGACAAGGUCAAGCUGAAGGAGCUGGAGAAGCAUAAGAUCCAACUGGAGCAGCUCCAGGAAUGGAAGAACAAGAUGCAGGAGCAGCAGAACGACCUGACUAAACACCUCAAAGAGGCUAAGAAGGAGGCGAAGGAGGCCCAGGAGGCGAAGGAGCGUUACAUGGAGGAGAUGGCAGACACGGCUGACGCUAUAGAGAUGGCCACGCUGGACAAGGAGAUGGCCGAGGAGCGGGCCGAGUCCCUGCAGCAGGAGGUGGAGUCACUGAAGGAGAAACUAGAGGAGCUCAGCAUGGACCUGGAGAUCCUCAAACACGAGAUAGAGGAGAAAGGUUCAGACGGUGCUGCUUCCAGUUACCACGUCAAACAGCUGGAGGAGCAGAACGGCAGGUUGAAGGAAGCUCUCGUCAGGAUGCGUGACCUGUCUGUGUCAGAGAAGCAGGAACACGUGAAGCUUCAGAAGCAGACGGAGAGGAAGAGCACGGAGCUGGACACGCUGAGGACUCAGAGAGAGAAACUCCAGGAGGAGAUGAAGCUGGCCGAGAGGACCAUCGAUGAACUCAAAGAACAGGUGGAUGGGGCUCUAGGGGCUGAGGAGAUGGUGGAGACUCUAACAGAGAGGAAUCUAGACCUGGAGGAGAAAGUCAGAGAGCUGAGAGAGACCGUCGUUGAUCUGGAAGCAAUCAAUGAAAUGAAUGAUGAGCUGCAGGAGAACGCCAGAGAGACGGAGCUGGAGCUGAGAGAGAUGCUGGAUCUGGGCGGAGGCCGGGUCAGGGAGGCGGAGAAACGGGUGGAGGCCGCUCAGGAGACCGUAGCUGACUAUCAACAGACCAUCAAGAAGUACCGUGAGCUGACCGCUCACCUGCAGGAGGUGAACAGAGAGCUGACCAGCCAGCAGGAAGCCACAGCAGAGCAGCAGCAGCAACCUCCAGUUGAGAUGUUUGACUUCAAGAUCAAGUUUGCUGAGACUAAGGCCUACGCCAAGGCCAUAGAGAUGGAGCUGAGGAAGAUGGAAGUGGGCCAGGCCAACAGACAGGUGUCUCUCCUCACAUCCUUCAUGCCCGACUCCUUCCUGCGUCACGGAGGAGACCACGACUGUAUCCUGGUGCUGCUGCUCAUACCAAGACUCAUCUUCAAGGCGGAGCUGAUCAGUAAGCAGGCCCAGGAGAAGUUUGAUCUGAAUGACAACUGUGUGGAGAAGAGCGGGAUGAGAGGAGCGGUGGGGGAACAGCUGAGCUUUGCUGCAGGACUCGUCUACUCUCUCAGUCUACUACAGACUACACUUCAUAAAUAUCAACAAGCGCUGAACCAGUGCAGUGUGGAGGUAUAUCAGAAGAUCGGGACUCUGUAUCCGGAGAUGGGCGUGCAUGAACGUUCCCUGGACUUCCUGAUUGACCUGCUGCACAAGGACCAGCUGGAUGAGACGGUGCAUGUGGAGCCUCUCACCAAGGCCAUCAAAUACUACCAGCACCUGUACAGCAUUCACCUGGCAGAUCAGACAGAAGACUGCACCAUGCAGCUGGCUGACCACAUCAGGUUUACCCAGAGUGCGUUGGACUGUAUGUCUGUGGAGGUUGGUCGUCUGCGUGUGUUCCUUCACCCGGGGCAGGAGAAGGCGGACCUGGCCUUGCUGCUGAAGGAUCUAGAGACUUCCUGUUCUGACAUCAGACAGUUCUGUAAGAAGAUCCGCCGACGCAUGCCUGGCACAGACGUGCCUGGGAUACCUGCCGCACUCACCUUCCUACAGCAGGUGGCAGAUACACUGCUGGACUGCAGGAAGCACCUGACCUGGGUGGUGGCCGUGCUGCAGGAGGUGGCGGCUGCAGGGGCGCAGAUGGUUUCCCGUCUGGGGGAGCAGGAGGGGCUCUCCGCCCUCAAACUAGAGGAGGUGGCCUUUAAGGCUGGGGAGCAGAUCUAUGGAAUUCAGGGUGCUAACCCCUAUGAGUGCCUGCGCCAGUCCUGCUGCAUCGUCAUAGCAACAAUGAACAAGAUGGCCACCGCCAUGCAGGAAGGAGAGUACGACGCAGAGAGACCCCAGAUCAUGACCCUUCCUCCGGUGGAGCUGCGUGCGGCGGCCCUCAGAGCUGAGAUCACCGACGCAGAGGGGCUGGGCAUGAAGCUGGAGGACAGAGAGACGGUCGUCAAGGAGCUCAAGAAGUCACUCAAGAUCAAGGGAGAGGAGCUGAGCGAGGCCAGCGUGCGUCUCAGUCUGUUGGAGAAGAAACUAGACAGUUCAUCUAAAGACGCAGACGAGCGCGUGGAGAAGAUCCAGACACAACUAGACGAGACUCAGACUCUGCUCAAGAAGAAAGAGAAGGAGUUUGAGGAGACCAUGGACGCGCUGCAGGCUGACAUCGACCAAUUGGAGUCAGAGAAGGCGGAUCUGAAGCAGCGCCUGAACAGUCAAUCAAAGAUGGCCAUAGACGGGCUGAGAGGAGCGCCGGCGUCGGGCAUCGCCUCCAUUGUCACGGGGAUGACAGGAGAAGAGCAGAAAGCGACUAUGGCUAGUAUUGGUCCCGGGUCGGGGGUCCAGGUGAUAGACUCUCCUCUCCUGACGCAGCAGAUUGAGGCUCAGAGACACAGCAUCAAACACCUGAAGAAUGAGAACAACAGACUUAAGGCUGAGAAGAUGCGUGCCCAGCUAGCCUCCCUGCCCCCCCUCCAUGUCUCCAAACUGCCCACUAGAGACGGGUCUCACCCAGAGGUGCUCUCUAGCGCCCUCUAUCGUAAGACUGACCAACUACUGGACACGUUACUGCAGAUGAGUGCCAACGUCAAAGUGGUGGACAUCACUGGCAAAUCCCCAGUAACUCCUAGUGCCCAGCUGUUGGAACACACAGCCAGACUCCAGUCUCUUAGCAACACUCUGGACAGACUGAAGGAUGAGGUAUCAGAACAUGUGGUGACCCAGAGACCUGGCGCUAGAGUCUUGUCUGACUUUGCCACGUUCCCCUGCUCCUCCUUCGUCAAGGUCCAGGAGGAGAAGAGGGGGAACAUGGUGCUGGUGGGGAAGGUGAUGAUGCCCUGUUCCCGUGGUCAGGAGCAGGUCCACCGUCUCGUCCUAUCACAGCCUCAGCUCCACAGAGUGCACCGCCUCCUGCUGACAUAGGCUCCACCCACAACCCGCCCUGCUGACAUAGGCUCCACCUUCAACCAGCCCCCGUUGCUCCUUCCAUCUGUCUGUCUUUGAAGUUUUUAGGAUAAACAUUGGGGGGUGUUCAUACGCAGACAGUGCUUGACUUGGGCCGGGAGCUCUCUGAACCGAGAUCCAGCGCCUUCAUUAGUUCUAUUGCCUGAGGUCCUUUCUGCAGUUAUUGCAUAGUUCUGGAACCUGAAUAUAACCGGUAGCAUCACCCAGCAUCAGUACCGGCUCCAAAUCAAGCACUGUUCAUACGUACAGAACAGGUAGAGGACUAAUACACUGCUGUGGGGUCAUACACUCCCUCUGCAGAGCACAGCGCCCGCAACGCCAGGAUAGUGGGUUCGAUUCCCGGGACCACCUAUACACAAAUAUAUACACGCAUGACUGCAAAACACUUUGGAUAAAAGCGUCUGCUAAGUGGGAUAUUAUAUUCUAUAUUACCUACACCCACACUACACUGUCUGCUGAGGGUGAUGCUGUCUGUCUGCUGAGGGUGAUGCUCCCUGCUAAACGUCUUACUGAGGGUGAUGCUGCCUGCUAAACGUCUUACUGUCUGUCUGCUGAGGGUGAUGCUGUCUGUCUGCUGAGGGUGAUGCUGUCUGUCUGCUGAGGGUGAUGCUGUCUGUCUGCUGAGGGUGAUGCUGCCUGCUAAACGUCUUACUGUCUGUCUGCUGAGGGUGAUGCUGUCUGUCUGCUGAGGGUGAUGCUGUCUGUCUGCUGAGGGUGAUGCUGCCUGCUGAGGGUGAUGCUGUCUGUCUGCUGAGGGUGAUGCUGUCUGUCUGCUGAGGGUGAUGCUGUCUAUCUGCUGAGGGUGAUGCUGUCUGUCUGCUGAGGGUGAU